AUUAGAUCUAGUGAUAAAGUUUUCAAUGGAUGCAAUUUAUAUAGGGUGGUUGGGAUUAAUGAUUGGGUUUGUGUUGUGGUGCUGGAAUGAGUGUUGGUAUGUUAUUCCUCUUAAAUUCAAAUGCUUAAAAUCUGCUACAAAGUUGCCACCUGGUCAUAUGGGUUUACCUUUCAUUGGAGAAACAAUUAGAUUUCUUUGGUACUUCAAAAUUGUUAGACGCCCAGAUGACUUCAUUAAUGUUAAACGACGCAAAUAUGGCGACGGGGUAGGAAUGUUUAGGACACACCUCUUUGGAGCACCAUCUAUCAUAGUAUACACUCCAACUGUUAAUAAAUUUGUGCUAUUUUCAGACGAUAAGUUCAAACAAGAAUGUCCCACAGUUGAACUUAUGGGUCGAACUUCAUUGGGGUCUGUCCAUGGGAAAGCCCAUACACGGGCCCGAAACUUUGUCACCAAUGCCAUCAAUCGGCCUGAUGCCCUAAGCCGCAUUGCUACUCUUGUUCAACCUCGCAUAGUCAAUGCUCUUCAAUCUUGGGCACAAAUAGGUAAAAUUAAAGCCAAGUUUGAAACCCAAAAGCUGUCAUUUGAGAACAUUGGGAAAUUAUUUAUGGGCAAGGAGCCAGGCCCUUUUCUAAAUUCCUUGGAUAAGCUCUAUCAAGGCUUGCUUCCAGGUGUGAGAGCCUAUCCACUUAACAUUCCUGGUUUUGCAUACCACCAUGCUCUUCAGUGUAGAAGAAAGUUGGAGGACAUCUUUUGGAUGGAAUUAGAGAAAAGAAAAGCUGAAAAUAAGGUUGAAACAAGUGAUCUAAUGGAUGGGUUGAUGCAAAUUGAAGAUGGUGAAGGUGAUAAAUUGAGUGACAAAGAAGUUGUAGACAACAUUGUCUCUCUAGUGGCUGCUGGAUAUAUCCCUACUUCCCUUGCAUCAACUUGGGCUAUUUACCUUCUUGCUAAGUAUCCAAUUGUGCUAACAAAAUUGAGGGAAGAGAACAUCGCUUUCACAAAGGGAAGUUUAGGGGAUUUAAUUACAGCUAAAGAUGUUUUGAAUUUAAAAUACACAAAUAAGGUCGUUGAUGAGGUGAUAAGAAUGGCCAAUGUUGCGGCUUUUGUUUUCAGGAAAGCUGCAAAUGAAGUCGAUUAUAAAGGUUAUAAGAUACCAAAGGGAUGGAAUGUAAUUGUCUUGCUUCGUUAUCUUCAUACAGACCCAGAGAAUUUUAAGGAUCCCAUGUAUUUCAACCCUGAUAGAUGGAACGAGCCAGCAAUGUCUGGAACAUACCAAGUUUUUGGAGCUGGACAGAGAUUAUGCCCUGGAAACAUGCUUGCGAGAAUUCAACUUGCACUUCUACUUCAUCAUUUGUCCAUAGGAUACAAGUGGGAGCUUAUUAAUCCAAACGCAGAUAUAGUUUAUCUUUCACAUCCUGCUCCGGUUGAUGGGGUCGAGGUCAAGUUCAGCAGAUUGUGAAGAAAAAAUCAUGAAAAUUGGAUUGUGUUCAGUUACAUCUAAGCCAAUUUGAACCGUUUUCCAUUUCUUAGAUUGUAGACUAAGAAAAUGCUAGCUUUAAACCGUGACGUUUGUUAGUUGCUGAUAUUGCUCUGAACCUUUUUCCUAUGAAUAUGAACGUAGACAUUUGGAUUCCUGUGUAAAUUAGGAGUGACAAUUUGAUCCAUCAAGUUCAUAUUCAUCUGAUCCAUUAAGUAUAAAAUCCACUCAAUCCAUCCAUCAAACAAUAGAUAGAUUAUUGAGAUAAAUAAUGUUUCCCCCCGCCAUUUGAGCGACUUUUGAUUUAUCCCCUUAAAAAUAAAACUUGGAUAUUCCACCUCGCCAUUAGAAGAUUCUUUUGUUUUCACUCUUGA